AUGACUUUCUUCAUCAACUUUGUGUUUUUGUCCACAUUUUCUGCCGUGGCUUUGUCUCUUCCAUUCCCUCACAACUCCAUCAAGAGCGUUCCUAAGAAUGGCGCGAGCCGGGACUUUGAAUCAUCCGGUAACGGUCCAGUCGACGAACAGGAGCCUAUUCGGGGAACGGUCAAAGUAGUCAAACUCAACCCCAAUAACCUGGGUCUGUCGGGUCUUUUUAGACGAGGCGGGAUUCCCCGAGGUGCGCCCGGUCCGAGGAUGCCUUUCCCAGCCUUCUUGUCCACGGGUCGCCCAGGCCCUCCUGCGCUCCCUGCCAAAGCAGCUGCGGUGCCUCUGCAUCCACUGUCACAUCUGCACCACGACAGUCAGGGCAAUGGCGGGGUGGGUAUGAGGAAGAGGCAAGGAUUUGAGAUGUGGCAGAGGGCCAUGGAUAAGAGCGACCACAGUAAGGCCAUGUCCAUGUCGCUGCCCCUCAGUCUCAAAGACUCUGCCAACAGACAGAGCUGCGCCGCGGUGCCUUUUACUCAGCGGAUAACGUCCGAUGGCUGCGACGCGGUGACAGUCCACAACAAACUGUGCUUCGGUCAAUGCAGUUCGCUGUUCAUUCCCUCUGGUUGGGAGUCUGCCAGGCUGACGGGUGCAGGGGGACACCGCAGUGCGCCCUGUUCCCGCUGCGCUCCAUCCAAGGCUCACACGGUGACGGUGCCUCUGCGUUGUGGGAUGGAGGUGCGGGAGAAGCGCGUGAUGGUGGUGGAAGAAUGCAAAUGUGAGACUGGUCGUGAGGAGGGGAAUAUCGAGGCUGUGGCCUCCAUGCACUUGUAACUGAAGAUACUGUAGUUUAAGGGCGACAUUUUCCAGGUGCAAAAGCUCUGUGCGAAUUAGAAAACGCACACUGCGAGAUUAUAAUGAAGUUUAUAGUAUUUUUUGCACAUUACAACGCAACAUUCUUGCACUACGAAAAUAUCGCCCUAAAUACUUGUUUCCCCUCUCACAGCACCUGCUCUAGCCUAUUUUGAUGACUCUAUUCAUCAUUUUUGGACAGAAAAUAUUUAUAUUGUGAUGUCAGAUGUGGACAUUGAUUAUGUGUAUUGUAUGUGUGAGUCUGAAUUUCUAAUUCAGAGAAAAACGAUUUGGAGGCAAGUGCCACCAAUGAUUGUUGACAAGUGACUAACAUUUUUAGUCAUGAACAUUUCUGUUCAACCCUGUGGCAGAAUGAGUCAUCCACUCCAUAGUGUGAUCAUGUUGAAUAACUUGUU